GUCUUCCGAUCAAGUUGACCGCCACAACAGCAAAACAGUUUGUGCCCUUCAUAAAGAGAUUAUAACCAUUGAUGCGGAAGACUAUCUUAAAGACGCACGAACAGGGCAUAUGAAAAGGCUCGCAGCUCCCACCAACAGUAAACAGGGAGAAUUACUUACAACUCUAGAAGCAGCUGAGGGAGCACGCAUCAUGAUUACUAGAAACCUUGAUGUAGAAGAUGGUAUUGUUAAUGGCACAUUUGGAAAAAUAGAAAAAAUAGUCACUGAAACCAAAGAUGGGCACACCAGAGUACAAAAGCUAGGACUUAGACUGGAUAAUCCAAAGGCAGGUCAGAAACAGCGCCAGAUCCUGCAGGGUACACCAGAUAGCUUGUUUUACAUGGACAGAUUGCAGGAAAGUUUGAGCAAAAAAGGUGUAGUUCGCCAUCAGUUCCCUGUUAAAUUGGCUUUCGCAUGUACAAGCCAUAAAGUACAAGGCAUGACGGUACAAUCUGCGGUUGUAUCACUUAAACAUGUAUUUGAAGCAGGGAUGGCAUACGUCUCUUUAAGUAGGACAACCUCUCUAGAUGGAUUGUACAUAACAGAUUUUGAUGAAAGCAAAAUUUAUGCUGAUGGUGACAUUGCUGUCGCAAUGCAGUCCAUGAAAACAACAUCCCUAACAGGUAUUAUGCCACUUUUAAAACAUGUACGUGAAGCAGACCUUGUACAAAUGUUUAAAAUAGUGCACCACAACACAGAAGGUUUAAUCUGUCACAUCAAUGACAUCAAACGGCAUCACGAAUUGAGACUUGCAGAUGUUUUAUGUCUAACUGAAACACAUCUGUCAGACUCAAUUCCAUUCGACAGUUUAGCGUUAGACGGAUACAGACUGUAUUUAUGCAACAGACAGCACUGUUACAUGCAUUUUCCUGACUUGGCUAGAAAACAAGGUGGGGGAGUUGCAAUUUAUUGCAAAUUCCAUGUUAGCGCAGAGGUGUAUGAGUAUAUACCGCAUGUCACCGACCUUGAGUUUUUAGCUAUCAAAAUUAAAGCACCAGUGAAUUUAGUGAUAACAGCUAUAUAUAGACCUCCAAAUUAUAGUCUCAAACAUUUCAUGCCAAACCUGCAAAACCUCCUAGAUUAUUUGCAGGUUAACUGUCCACACCCAAUCAUUGUUUGUGGAGACUUUAACGAAAAUUUAUUAGAUAAUGUAAAUAAACCUAUUUUAGAGAUGUUUGUGUCAAGGGGUUAUACACAGCUUAUCACUGAUGCCACUACAGAAAAAAAUACACUUCUGGAUCACAUUUAUGUUUCUCAGCCAAAUGUCUGCUUCACAUCAGGUGUACUGCAAACGUAUUAUAGCUACCAUAACCCUGUGUAUUGUAUAGUUUAGGCACAUUACAAUUUCCACUUUGCGCGAUAACUCCUAAUGUUCAGUUUCUGACUUGCUGCGCGGGCUGUUCUAUGCAAUAUUUUUAUGGAGGUAUGGUUUCUUCAGACCCAGGGUGUGUGGCCCAGUACCAAGAGACACCCCUGGGACAACGUAACAAAGGAGCAGGAGCUCCACUGAGGCCUUGUUAAUUGUGUGGCACAGAGUUCAGUUGGUCCUGUGCAUGGUCAUAGCGAGUCACCGUUGUUCAGUCCCCAGUUAGGUGUAAGAGCGCGUUCCCUUUGGAACUCGUUUAGGGGGGAUGUUAGUGUGGCGUGAACGUGGUUAGAGCAGUUGUCUCAGGAGCACAUCCAGAGCUGCAGGUGGGUCGCCAGUUUAUGGUUGCUUAACCGAGCUCUCGGGCUACAGUGCAUAAAUACCUGCCGCAAGUAACGCCUGAAGACUAGGGAGGAGCUUAGUUAGAUUUUGGUUAGGCAGUUAGGGGGACAGGACUUCAAUGACAUUUUGGCUGUGUAUUUGGACUUAUUGAGCAUGUUUUUGUAACUAUGCAAAUGUGAUUUGUGUCUGUAAAUCUUUGUGUUGCUCUUUUGCUGAAAAAACAAGGUUUGGAUUCAUCAGGCCCAGGGAGUGUGGCCCAGUACCGGGAGACAGCCCUGGGAUGAGGAAAGUUAAUUACUUCCUAUUUGGGUAAUAAUCCCCCUUCCCUACCCCCCAGCCACUACAUUGUUUUAUUUUCACUAUUUAUCCUGUUCGUAUGGACAAUACAUUACAGUGUAACGUGUAUAGAAUUAUAGUUAAACUGGAGGGAAGAGGUGAUACCAUGAGGCAAGAUCAAGUCUAACAGUUCCUGAGGCCCAGUACCGGGAGUCAGGUUCUGCUACUUGGUCUCAUGGUUUCACACUAACCCUGACCCUCUGUCAGAGCGUGUUGUCCCUCAGGUUUUAGGUUAUUUUCUUCUGUUUAAAUGGUUUAUAGAGUAUUUUUCGACAUUCCUUGUUUAUAAUCUUUAUAUUGCUUUUUGGUACUUUAGUUCUAGUGUUCAGUUCUGUAACUUUUAUAGAUACCAUACGCCUGGAUCAAGUCUGACAGUUCCUGAGGCCCAGUCCCGGGAGUCAGGUUCUGCUACUUGGUCUCAUGGUUUCACACUACCGCUGAUCCUCCAUCAGAGCGUGUUGUCCCUCAGGUUUUAGGUUAUUUUCUUCUGUUGUGUAAAUGGUUCAUAGAGUAUUUUUUCUACAUUCCUUGUUUAUAAUGUUUAUUUUGCUUUUUGGUACUUUACUUCUAGUGCUCAGUUCUGUAACUUUUAUAGAUACCAUACACCUGGAUCAAGUCUGACAGUUCCUGAGGCCCAGUACCGGGAAUCAGGUUCUGCUACUUGGUCUCAUGGUUUAACACUAACCUUGACACUCCCUCAGACAUGUUGUCCCUCAGAUUUUAGGUUAUUUUCUUCUGUUGUUUAAAUGGUUCAUAGAGUAUUUUUUCUACAUUCCUUGUUUAUAAUGUUUAUAUUGCUUUUUGGUACUUUUGUUCUAGUGUUCAACUCUGUAACUUUUAUAAACACCAUACACCUGGAUCAAGUCUGACAGUUCCUGAGGCCCAGUCCCGGGAGUCAGGUUCUGCUACUUGGUCUCAUGGUUUCACACUAACCCUGACCCUCUGUCAGAGCGUGUCGUCCCUCAGGUUUUAGGUUAUUUUCUUCUGUUGUUUAAAUUGUUCAUAAAGUAUUUUUUCUACAUUCCUUGUUUACAAUGUUUAUAUUGCUUUUUGGUACUUUAGUUCUAGUGUUCAGUUCUGUAACUUUUAUAGAUACCAUACGCCUGGAUCAAGUCUGACAGUUCCUGAGGCCCAGUCCCGGGAGUCAGGUUCUGCUACUUGGUCUCAUGGUUUCACACUACCGCUGAUCCUCCAUCAGAGCGUGUUGUCCCUCAGGUUUUAGGUUAUUUUCUUCUGUUGUUUAAAUGGUUUAUAGAGUAUUUUUCGACAUUCCUUGUUUAUAAUCUUUAUAUUGCUUUUUGGUACUUUAGUUCUAGUGUUCAGUUCUGUAACUUUUAUAGAUACCAUACGCCUGGAUCAAGUCUGACAGUUCCUGAGGCCCAGUCCCGGGAGUCAGGUUCUGCUACUUGGUCUCAUGGUUUCACACUACCGCUGAUCCUCCAUCAGAGCGUGUUGUCCCUCAGGUUUUAGUUUAUUUUCUUCUGUUGUGUAAAUGGUUCAUAGAGUAUUUUUUCUACAUUCCUUGUUUAUAAUGUUUAUAUUGCUUUUUGGUACUUUACUUCUAGU